AUGUCUUUCCUCGCUCGCCGAGCCACAGCUGCCGCCCCAGGCCUCGCCCGCGCCUUCAGCGCUUCCGCCCGCCGCGAUAUCGCCAAGAUCACUAUCGUCGGCAACCUCGCUGCGUCCCCCGAGAUCAAGGCUACUAGCACCGGCCGCGACGUCGUUGAGUACUCUGUCGCAAGCAACUACGGCCCCAAGGAAAACCGCCAGACCAGCUGGUUCAGGGUCUCCGCUUUUGUCGAUGAAGGUCCCCGUCGGGAAUUCCUGGCCAACCUGCCUAAAGGAUCUACCGUCUACGUCGAGGGUGAUGCCGUCAUGAACACCUACACUGACGCCGAGGGCAAGUCGCGAAAUUCCUUGAGAAUUUACCAAAGUAUGAUAUAA